ACACACAGCACGCGGUAUGAUUCUGCCUGCUAAGAAGUCCUAUUGCCUGCUUUAUAGACAUUGAAGUUGUCUUGGGCACUGGCGCUCGACAUUCUGGCACGUUGAAUUCAACUAGAUAAUUAUCCCAACUUGUACCAUAGAACUUGAAGAUUUUCGCCUUCUGCGUUUACCCUCGUUAUACAUUCGUUUAGCCUCGUUUCAUUCUUAACAACAAGUCGUAAAUAUGGCGUCAAAAGACCAAAAUCUUUCCUUCUAUGAUUAUGAUCCAUCUGUCCCGGCAGCUGUGGUGUGUUGCGUUCUGUUCGGCCUCACUCUCGUAUGGUCAACCUUCAUGACAAUCCGGAAGAGGUCAUGGAUAUGGAUAGUCCAGAUACUCGCAAUAUCUAUGGAAGUAGUUGGAUAUGCAGUUCGAAUAGUAUCCGCCAACGACCCUACCAGCUUAAACCCAUACGCGGUACAGUUUUGCGUGAUCAUCCUUGCCCCCGUUCUUAUGGCCGGUGCCAUUUAUGUCGUUUUUGGUCGAAUUGUCUUCCACGUUGUUCCCGCCGAGGAGAGAACCACAAGACUUCUCUGGAUCCCUCCCCGCUGGAUCACCCCUAUUUUUGUCACCUUCGAUGUCGUCGCGCUCCUAGUCCAAUUAAUCGGUGCCGUUAGCGUGUCGAGCACGCAGGCCACUGAUAAAGACGCAAUGAAUAAGCUGAAGAUAGGCAAGGAUAUCGCGCUCGCGGGUCUUGGAAUCCAAAUAGCCGCCUUUGGACUUUUCACAAUUAUCGCUGCUCGGUUUCACUUUACCUCGCAACGAUUUGUGGCGGGCCUCAGCUGGAGGCUAGAGGAGGUAGAUGGUGGUAAGGCUGUCUUCGUCCGAGGGUCGUCACGGAAGAUAAACCCUAAGUGGAGACGCCUAUUAUAUGCUCUGAAUGCCUCCUGCAUUCUGAUUUUGAUCCGUUCUGUAUUCCGUGUUGUCGAGUUCGCUCAAGGUUCGAAUGGUUCUGUGAUGCAAAAGGAGUUCUACAUGUAUAUCUUGGAUACUUUACCUAUAUUCUUGGUUGUAGUGAGCUUCUGUCUCUUUUUCCCGGGGUCUUAUCUCCCUUUUAUGGGGUUUAGAGUCCCAAAGAAUCCAGUAGGCACAAGGCGACUGGGAGGUGACGACAGCUCAGCUACUGCGUUACAAGAGAUAUAGGAGUGCCUAGGGUAAACCAGGAUGUAUCAGAAUCAUCCGGGUUUAGUUGAAUUUCUGGUAUUCUUUGUUUUGCAGGGUUAGGGCCGGAUCAAGCGAAUGUCUAUUAC